AUGCAGAUCUCCCCGAGUGAAGACAAGAUCCCAGUCACGGGUCCAACCCCAAGCCCUCAGAGCAUCGGAGAAGGCCUUCGCUUUUCUGAUGGCCGACGGAAAGUUGACUACAUUUUGGUCUUCAAUCAGCGGCGGCACAGCUCCAUACGAUCUCAUGCCAGCACCUCAGUUUCACAUGACAGGUUAUCCAUUGUUUCCAAUGGCAACUUUCCCCCGUCAGUGGGCUCAGAUGCGGCUGCAGGAAGAGGAGGCGCCAUACUGGGAGGAGAUGCUAGUGUCGGCGAGGUGUUCAUGGAGCUUGGAGGUGCGGGAGGGAACGAGCCAACGGAUCCUGCUGACAAUGAGAUGCGUCUAAUCAGGCAGGAAUUUGAAGCCAACCUGCUAGAGGCCGGCCUGGAGAUAGAGAGAGACAAAGAGUUAAAGACCCACGGCCCCAGCUUCACUCGUCUCCACGCGCCUUGGCCGGUACUGUGUCGAGAGGCAGAGUUUCUCAAGAUUAAAGUCCCCACCAAGACGAGUUAUGAGCUUAAAGAGGAAAGUGGUUUCGGGUCCAGUAUGAGCACAGUGUGGAGGAAAAUGAACCAGCCUUUCCAGCCCAAAGUACCACAUCAGGACCACGAACGCACCAAGUUUCUCUCACACUGCUUCUCCAGGGACAAACUUCAUCUGUACAACAUCACAUCUAAAGACACAUUCUUUGACAACGCCACAAGGGGCCGAAUAGUAUAUGAGAUCCUGAGACGGACGGUGUGUGUACGAACCUGUCAAUCCAUAGGCAUCAGCACGAUGAUAGCUAAAGGCGUGUAUGACUCGGCCUUCCCUCUCCAUGAUGUAAGUGUGAGGUUUAGAAUUCUCACCGGAGAAUGGAAACUUAUCUGUGUGGAGUGGGCCAGAUACUCGGCCUUUUACAAGUACCAGCCCAUUGAUCUCGUCAGGAAGUACUUCGGGGAGAAGAUUGGUCUGUACUUCGCCUGGCUCGGUGUAUACACCCAGCUGCUGAUACCAGCCUCCAUAGUGGGAAUCAUUGUGUUUUUCUUCGGUGUGGCAACAGUGGAGACUAAUAUACCCAGCCAGGAAAUGUGUAACGAGAGUCUCAAUUUCACCAUGUGUCCUCUUUGUGACGGAGCCUGUGACUUCUGGCACCUCAGCACCGCCUGCGGCACAGCCAGAGCCUCACACCUCUUCGACAACCCUGCCACUGUCUUCUUCGCCAUCUUCAUGUCUCUGUGGGCGGUCCUGUUCCUGGAGCAGUGGAAGCGCCGUCAGAUCAGUUUGAGCUUCAGUUGGGAUCUGACCGGCAUCGAGGAGGACGAGGAACAUCCCAGGCCAAAGUACGAGAACAUCCUCCUUCAGAAGAGACAGAGGAAGCAGAAAAAUAAGAAAAAGAAGAAGAAUGAGCCGGAGGAUGGGACAGGGACAGGGAAGGACAGAUGGAGACAAAAACUACUGUCUGCCAUGGCUGCAGGAAUACCGGCUGCCAUUGAGAAGUUGACCUGGAAAGACCGUCUUCCUGGAUACUUCAUCAACAUUUCCUCUAUCCUCUUUAUGUUUGGCUUGACAUUUUCAGCAGUUUUCGGCGUCAUCAUCUACCGCAUCACAGUGUCGGCCCUGAUGGCGAUGAGCCCCGACCCGGAGACCAAAUCCAAUGUCCGGGUGACGGUGACGGCCACUGCGGUCAUCAUCAACCUAGUGGUCAUUCUGAUCCUUGAUGAAAUCUACGGCGCUGUGGCAUUGUGGCUGACUGAGCUAGAGAUUCCUAAAACAGAAACCAACUUUGAGGAGCGUCUCAUCCUGAAAGCCUUCUUGCUCAAGUUUAUGAACGCAUACGCACCCAUCUUCUACGUGGCUUUCUUCAAGGGACGGUUUGCUGGUCGGCCUGGAAAUUACGUGUAUGUCUUUAAUGAUUACCGGAUGGAAGAGUGUGCGCCAGGGGGCUGCCUCAUUGAGUUGUGCAUUCAGCUUAGCAUCAUCAUGCUGGGGAAGCAGCUGAUCCAGAACAACAUCUUUGAGAUCGGCAUCCCGAAGUUGAAGAAGUUGGUGCGUGCGAUAAAGGAUAAAGGAUCCGCAGAGAAGGAGAAGGAGCAGGAGAGGCCUCCACAGCAGUGGAACCUGGACUACGCCCUGGCUCCCUUUGAAGGCCUCACACCUGAGUACAUGGAGAUGAUCAUCCAGUUUGGUUUCGUCUCUCUGUUCGUGGCUUCAUUCCCACUCGCUCCUCUCUUUGCUCUGCUCAACAACGUCAUCGAGAUCAGACUGGAUGCCAAGAAGUUUGUUACAGAGCUACGCAGGCCAGUUGCCGUACGUGCUAAAGACAUUGGUAUAUGGUACAACAUACUGAGUGGAAUGGGAAAAUUCUCAGUCAUUAUAAAUGCCUUUGUGAUUCUUCCAUCGACUUCUCCUCGGCUUGCUACCAGUAGCAUGGUUCAGUCGAGGGCACUCAUGCACGGCUUCAUUGACCACACGCUAUCCUACUUCAACGUGUCUAAUUUUAAACCGGCACACACGCAGAACUCGCAAUUUGAUACCACUCUCAUAUUUGUUCAGUAUAAGGACUACAGGGAACCCCCGUGGUCUCCAGACGCGUACAUGUUCUCCAAACAGUACUGGUGUGUCCUGGCUGCAAGACUGGCUUUCGUCAUACUGUUCCAGAAUCUGGUGAUGUUACUGAGCCUGGUGGUUGCCUGGGUGAUCCCCGACGUUCCCAAAACCAUCGUGGAGCAGCUCAAACGGGAGAAGAAGCUCCUGGUGGACGUCUUCUUACGGGAAGAGAAGGAAAAAUUCCAGCUCAUCCAGAGCCUCUUCUCCAAGGACACCAUCCUCCGACCGGGCGGCCACGUGCUCCACCCGGGUCAGGGCCUCCCCAUCCCGGGCCGCUACAGUACUCUACCCUCAGGUCCAACGCAGGGCUUGGCCGGAGACAGAGGAGGAGAGGGGCCAAGGGCGAGGUGUAGGGCGGCCAGCUUCAGCCAAUUCACCAGAAACAUUCCCUCGUCGCCCAAAAAUGAAAACGAGAAUUCCAGACACACGGCGGUGUGACAUGUAACACACACAUCUGUAGUGGUGGUUCAGCUGGGCCUCAGGACUGAAGAACAUGUUGCUCGAGUGAUUCAGUCUGUGAAUGUGUCUGCCUGUGUCUUUAGUGUCCUGGCGUGUGUGACGCAGUAGUGCUGUAAUGGCUGAAUGGGUGUCUGUGUGUUGUUCCUCCUUGCACCGACUGUUCACCUGAUAAAGUAAUAUAAUUUUUACUUUUUGGUAAAAAUACAUUAUUUAGCGAGGCACACUUGCUUCAUAGCGUAGACAAGCAAUAAUUACUGUAUUAGGCUGAACAAAUGAAUAUUACAAGAACCUAGAAAAGACUGAAGAUAAUGAAAGGACUAUUAACAGAUGGACAGAUUCAACACAGAUGGAUUAAUGGACACUGGCUCAUUACUAGGGCUGGGGACUGUCAGACCUUUCCUGCUUUAUGUGCUUAGGCUCUUUAUGUAUUUUUGUUUUUAACAGAAUUUGUAGCAGCUCCAACAUUCCACAUUUUCUGUAUUUUUCAAUACAUGGUACUGAAAGAACACGCGAGCCUCCAAGAAGAGCAAAUCAUUUUCUUUUACACCAUUUACUGUGUUUCAGCUCCGUAGAAUUCAGGAAUCACUUUGAAUCAUUUUCAUACGUCAGCCCCCACGUAUUCGGAUGAGGGUUGCUCAUGCCAAUGUGGCACACUGUUGUAUGCCACUCAUAGAUUCCAGUCCAGGCUAUACUUUUAGAAAUAGGGUGAUCUGUGAAGCAAAUAUUUUUCCUGUCAUAGGGACUUUUACAGCUUUUACAUAACCUCUAAAUGCUAAGAGGAAGCCAACUCUUUAGCAAACUGUGAAUGGGAGUGAGCUAGAAAUGAUCUCACUUUUUUAUUGUCAAGGGAACAAAUACUUCAUCAGCAUUCCUUCAUUAUGAAAUACCACACUGUACUCUCUGACAUUCUUGGAGGUAAGUAAUAAACUUAAGUAAUGAACUUACUGGUGUCACGCAACCAUUGGCAGCCAUGUUGGAAAUCUUCAGGAACACAGGCUGUCAACUGAUUUUAUUUUGUACAACUGGGCCAUCUGUUUGUGACUGAUGCAUCCGAUUGAUUUUAUGUUAAGAUAAUUUCAGCUUGUUAGCUUGCUAACAUACUAUCUGGUCUAUCAUUGUAUCACUGUAUAGUUGUUAACAACUUAUUAGCAUACUGAUUGAAUUAGCUUUUGUAUGUUACAGUCAAACAGAAACUGAAUUCUCACUUUUCGUGUAAGGAAAUAUAAGCUAUAAAGACACUGCAUUUCCAUUUUUCAAGAAAAGGAUACAUGUUAGUGGAAACUGUGUUCUGGGCAGGCGGUUCUUUUGGCAGCAGUACACUGACAUUUGGGGGCUAGGAAACAUGUCGCCUACGAACAUUGAUGCAAGAUGUUUUUACCUGCUUUCUCACAGUGUUGAUUAACUAGUUAUUGAUUUAAGAAAUCUGUCCCUUUACAAAAUUCAAUAUUGUGAGUGCUCAGUUGUGGAAACCAGCAAGCUAAGCUAACUAGCUUCUUACUUGGGAAAUGGAAGCUAAUUAGCCUAGCUUGCUAACAGAAAGAAGGGGGUCCAGCUAGCUGUCACUUAGGUUAUGGUAAAUGAUCAGCUUGUCAAAUCUCACAGCAACUGAUAUACAACAACAUCAGCUCACCACCUGUUGGAAUUUAAAUCAUAUUGCAAAAAACAUUUUUACACUAGAUAUUGGACCGCUCAAAUUACCAGUAAUGACAUUGUUAGUCAGAACCAAAAAGCCAUGCCCCUUGGAGAACACAAAUGUAGAGGGCGCUAAAAUUAAUAAAACUUAAAUUUCUUUUUUUUUUUUGGCAACUACAAUAUUUUUGUCUAAGCAAACACAAAGGUUUUUUUAUUUUUAUUUCGUUUAUGCU